AUGUUCAACGUUGGUGACUUUGUCGGGCGGUUUGCCCUCAUGUUCAAGCGUCUGCAGCCAUCACCUCGUGUUGUUGUGGCCGGUACAUUCCUGCGACUUGUGGUCAUCCCACCGCUGGUGCUGUGCGUGCGCGGCAUUAUUCCUGGUAUUGCCCUACCGUACAUACUGUGUUUGAUCUGGGGUCUCACGAAUGGUUACUUUGGUGGCAUGGCGAUGAUCUAUGGACCGCGUACGCCAUCGCUGACAAUGGCAGGCCAGCGCUCUCUUGCUGCUAUUAUGGUCGAAUUGUCGCUGCUGCUUGGUCUGUUUAUCGGGUCAUCAUUGGCCCUUGCUGUGAAGGAAGGAUUUCCAAAAUAG